UUUUAAUUGAUGCCCUCUAGAGUUAAGAUUGCUACAAAAGUUAUUUUCGGUUAUGCGUACAUAUGCUUUGAUUCAUAUUUUAAUAUAUGGUUUUUUAAAUAAGUAGAGAGAUAUUUACGAGAUUAGAGCCGGUGAAACUGCAGUACGCGGGUGUGGUAUAAAUUUAUGGUAUUUUAAUUGUCAGUUCUGCAGAUAAUGUACAUGUAAAUUUAUUUUAAAGGCACACUUUUGGAAAUAUUGUUUUGUUUGGCCAUCUAGCGCGACUAGGCCCUUGCAUAAGUCUUGUAUUUUGAGCUAAAUAUUGUUAAUUUUUGUAAAAAUGACACGGUCUGAUUUUAAAAAGGAGCCUCGUGGUAAGAAGGAGGAAUUAAAAUACCCCUGUUCUCCACGAAGCCAGAAAUGGAUCAACAAUUUGCUUCCAGUUUUGGAGAGUUAUAACUAUAACUACCUAGACAUAGUGAAGCUGGUCAAAAACUGUGAUUACAACGCAGAUAAGAUUCAAGUCGAGGUUGAAAGGAUAGUACAGAUGAAUUUAGGACAUGAACAAGGGGAAUGGGAAGUUGUGAAGCCUAAUACUAAGGGUGAAAAAAGCACAACUAAAACACAGUCGAAUUCUCAUAGGCCCUUGCCGAACAGCUCUAAAUUUAAAGGGAAACCGUAUGUAAAAGAUGAAGUUUUGAAGAAGAACAGUAAGGUCUCACCCAAAGUUCGGCUUGACUCGAAGCCAGAAAAGUCUGAAACUGAGGAGGAUAAGAAAGAACUCCUGACUUCCUGGGCUUCGUUGUUGAAGCGAGAGCCAAUGGCUACAGGCGCUAACGCAACACCUACUCUUUCACAGAAUAAAUCCCAGCCAACUUCAGCACGUGAGUCUACAAAUUCAGCUGCGAGCUCACUUAACUAUACCUCAGUUGAAUCUCUUAAUAAUUUGAACCCACCCAUGAGUGGUAUGCCCUCUGAUUUAAAUACUUCAAUUGGUGGAUCGCUUAGGGAACAGAGAAUGGAGGACAAAUCGAGGCUUAACGACCGUAUGGGAAGAAUGAGGCCUCCAGUAGUCAUGCCCAAGGAGUUCAACUUCUCUGAAAGUAAACUCACUUUCGGAUGCUUGGAAGAUGAACUAUGGUCAAAGCCAUGGCCAGAUUGGCAACAUCGCGAUUUUCAGAAGCCAAGGCCAACCAGUAGCAGACUACAAUCAGAAGUUUUCCCAAACUACUAUGAAAGGAAAUCAAUGGUAUAUUAUGACGAUCCAGGCACUAAGAAAUAUGACAGAUUUCCAGUCCCGUCAACUCAAACUUCUUCAACUUCAACACACCAGCAACCUUCCUCAUCAGCUAACGGUGGUUCAAUGAGUUCUGGGAACUUGCCCAAUUUGACAAAGGAUAACAUGGGAUUCGGCGGCGGGGUUUACUUCAAUUACCCCUACUCCAAUGAGCGCCUCCAAAAUCCACCGGGACUUGUCAGUUACUACACUCCACAGCCUUUUUAUGGAUUCGGUAGCUCCAACACCAGUAAUAAUGUCAGCUCUAUGUGGCAAAAUUAAUGUUAUCGUUGUUCCUG